GGAAGUGUCUUUUGACAUAAAUAUCGAUGGAUGCGAUCUUUCAUCGAACUCGACUGUCGAGGGAGAAGGUGCUGAUUGGUGUUGGACCAGAGAAUGUGGAAGGUUGUGUGGGCAGCACUGCUGCUUCUGGCCACUGUGUGUGUCCAGAGAGGCUAUACCAAGGAGGUCAAGGGAGCACAGAGCCUAGGUCAUGUGUCAGUGGUCAUAGUGGGAGGUACAGGUGACUUGGCUAAAAAGUACCUGUGGCAGGGCUUCUUCCAUCUGUACGCUAACCAGGUCAGUAGCGGCUACAGCUUCUCCUUUUAUGGCGGAGGCCUGUCGCCCAACGAUAAGGCCACGCCGAUCCUGUUUGAAGUGCUGAAGGGAGUGGUCUGUCCUCGGGAGUUGUCUGUGGAGCGCUGUGCCCUGAUGAAGGAGCAGUUCCUGAGGCUGGCUGAGUAUCGGCAGUUGAAUACUUCAGAGGACUACCAGGCCCUGGGCAAACACCUGACAGAGCAGCUGAGGCAGGAGGGCAUAGUGGAGGCCGGCAGGCUGUUCUACCUGUCUGUGCCAGCCUUCGCUUAUGCGGACAUUGCAGAAAAUAUCAACUACAGCUGCAGGCCGACUGAUGGGACGUGGUUGAGGGUGGUGCUGGAGAAGCCAUUUGGCCAUGAUUUCAGUAGCGCCCAACUCCUGUCCACUCAACUGGGUGCCUCCCUCAAAGACAACGAGAUGUACAGGAUCGACCACUAUUUAGGGAAGCAGGUUGUCUCUAAGAUUUUGCCAUUCAGAAGGGAGAACAGCAAGCAUCUGGAUCUUAUCUGGAACAAGCACCACAUUGAGAGAGUUGAGAUUGUACUGAAGGAGACCCUGGAUGCCAAAGGUCGCAUCUCCUUCUAUGAACAGUAUGGCGUGAUCAGGGACGUGAUACAGAACCACCUGACUGAGGUCAUGACCCUUCUGACCAUGGAGCUCCCAUCCAACCUGAGCAACACUAAGGAAGUCCUCAAGAACAAGCUGAAGAUCUUCAGUGCCUUGCAGCGCCUGGACAGGAACUGUGCUGCCAUUGGUCAGUACCAGGCCUACAAUGCAGAGUUACAGGAAGAACUGAGCAAAACAAGGGAACACUUCAGCCUCACCCCCACCUUUGCUGGUAUAAUGGUGCACAUUGACCUAGCCCAGUACGAGGGCAUGCCAGUCAUUCUGACCUCAGGGAAGAUGCUGGAUGAGCGCGUAGGCUACGCUCGCAUUCUGUUCAAGAAUGACAUCUUCUGUAUCCAGAGCCACAGCAGCGUCCACUGCAAGCCCAAGCAGAUUGUGUUCUACUUUGGCCACGGCACUCUGCAGUACCCAGCCAUUCUCGUGAGUAAGAACCUGUUCAAGCCAGACCUGAUGGACACUGAGUGGAAGGAGGUAACGGAACACAAAGAUGUCAGUGUAUUAGGUUUGCCCAUCUCAGACUACUACGUGCUGACGCCAACGGUGGAGAGGGAGGCUUACGCAGAACUCAUUUUGCACAUCUUCCAAGGCCGGAAGGACAGCUUUAUCAGUGCUGAGAACCUGUUGGCCUCCUGGAGUUUCUGGACACCUCUCCUGCAGAGCCUGGCCGACACCUUUCCCCGCCUGUAUCCCGGGGGAGCGGACAAUGGCAACAUGCUGGAUUUCAAACUGUUGGGACGGAAGUUGACCUUCGCCAAUGAGGCACUGGUCAUGGUCACCCAGGACCACAUGGGCGGAUCUGGGAGGGAGAGCUUCCAGGUGAUGCAGGGUAAGUACCGCAGCGCUGACAUGGUGUCUGCCUGGCCCGAGGAGCUCAUCGUGCGGCUGGCCGGAGACCUGCAGGUUGCAGCGGAGAACGCGGUAAGGGAGGGCGGACGCUUCCACCUCGCCCUCUCCGGGGGCUCCAGUCCCCUAGCUCUGUUUCAGAGGCUGGCCCGUCACCACUACUCCUUCCCCUGGAGGGACACCCACGUGUGGAUGGUGGACGAGCGAUGCGUGCCUCUCACAGAGUUGGACUCCAACUUCCGCACCCUGCACGACCACCUGCUCCAACACGUGAAGAUGUCCUACUUCAACAUCCACCCCAUGCCGGUGCAGAUGAACCAGCGGCUGUGUGUGGAGGAGGAUAGUGGAGCGCUGCUCUAUGAGAGCGACAUAACCCAGUUGGUUAAUGCUUCCAGCUUCCACUUUGUCCUGCUGGGAGUGGGCUACGACGGCCACACUGCCUCUCUGUUCCCAGGCAGCAAACUAGAUGCAAGUGGGAACAGUCUAGUAGCCUUCACCGAGAGCCCAGCCAAGCCUCACCAGCGUAUGAGCCUCACCCUCAAGGCUAUCAACCAGGCCCAGAAAGUAGGUGUGCUGGUGAUGGGUAAGAGCAAACAUGAGCUGGUCACUCAGCUCAGUCGAGUCAAGGACAACCCAAAACAUUGGCCCAUCACUGGGAUCCGGCCGACCAGUGGCAGGCUAGUAUGGUACAUAGACUAUGAUGCUCUUUUAGGAUAGGGGAUACUGUAGCAAUGAAAUUAUGUGGAUUAAAUUAAUGAUUUGCUGUAGUUUUACUCUUUUGCAGUAUUUUUACCAAGAAUGUAAAUUAAUGAUAAAGUUCUGUUGAUUCCGUGCUCCUUACUUAAAGUUGAAGGUAGAUGUGGUAUAUAUUUUAUUUUUCAAUAUACAAGAUGUAGGGUUAACGUGGUGUGUGUGUGAUGCACUCAUGUAUUUUAAAGAAGUAUGAGGUUUUUUUAUCUCAGGAAAGCAAAGUGGAUAUGGAAGUUUGUUGUUCAGAUAAUUAAUAAUUAUUAAAAGACUAACUAUAUUUUAUAUAGUUGUAAAAACAGUACAUUUUCUCAUAAAGAUACCUGUUCUCCACUGAACCAGCAUAGAAUAGGAUUGUUAAAAGGGGAUUUUGAACUGUGAAAGGCCAAUAAUUUAGGUAAAAAUGAAUGAUCAACAGAUAAUGUAGGCUAUAUAGCCAUGUAUUAUUGUAUUUGUGCCUCAAUGACAAAUGAAAUCAAACUGCAUAAUCAAAUCAAAUCAAAUGUAUUUAUAUAGCCCUUCUUACAUCAGCUGAUAUCUCAAAGUACUGUACAGAAACCUAGCCUAAAACCCCAAACAGCAAGCAAUGCAGGUGUAGAAGCACAGUGGCUAGGAAAAACUCCCUAGAAAGGCCAAAACCUGUACUGUCCAGUACAUUAAAUUACCACAAAGCACAUUCUGAUCCAUUGCUGCUUUUGUUUUAAUCAGUGCUCGUGAAUUCAAAAAACUAAAAUGAUGAUCAAAUUGUAUUACUUGUUAUCUAUGUAAAAUGUCCACAGCCUUUGACAAAGUGAAAUGGUACUUGUAUGUGGUUUUAGAAGAUGUGACCUUCCAAAUACUUUUUAAUACUUAAUAAAAUAGAAUAGAUUAAAACAGGUUGAUGAAGGUUUGUCGAACCUCUUCACUACGUUUACCUUAAUUAAGGUCUGGAAGCUCCACGUAUACAUUUAAGGUCAUUUCCGAUUGAGCUGACAUAUGUAGCAUUCACCGUGAAUGCAGUCUCAGUGAUCCCGGGAACUUUGCCUUUUUUAAUUUCUAUUGAGUUAUAAUGCAGAUCUUCUGCGAUACGGAUGGAAUCCAGCCCUAAUUAUACAAAGAGGUGUAUGUUUAAUAUACUUAUGGUGCUUGUAAAAAGGAUCAAUUGGGUUUCAAUUUGAUGUUUGUAGAUACAAGGUUUUAUCUGACAUUUUAGUUAAACAAAUUGUUAGUCACAUAUAAUUGAUCUUUAGAUGGUUCUUCAUGUGCCUGUAAAGUUCGAUCUUUGAAAAAGUUAAGUUAAAAUUGUUUUUAUAUAUAUACAGUACCAGUCAGAAGUUUGGACAUUCCAGGUUUUGUAUUUAUUUGUACUAUUUUCUACAUUGUAGAAUAAUAGUGAAGACGUCAAAACUAUGAAAUAACACAUAUGGAAUCAUGUUGUAACCAAAAAAUUAUUAAACAAAGCUUCUUCAAAGUAGCCAGCUACCCUUUGCCUUGAUGACAGCUUCAUGAGGUAGUCAUCUGGAAUGCAUUUCAGUUAACAGGUGUGCCUUGUUAAAAAUGUAUUUGUGGAAUUUCUUUCCUUCUUAAUGCGUUUGAGCCAAUCAGUUGUGUUGUGACAAGGUAGGGGUGGAAUACAGAAGAUAGCCCUAUUUGGUAAAAGUCCAUAUUAUGGCAAGAAUAGCUCAAAUAAGCAAAGAGAAACGACAGUCCAUCAUUACUUUCAGACAUGAAGGUCAGUCUAUCUGGAAAAUUUCAAGAACGCAGUUCAAGAGUGCAGAGAGUGUUCAAGCGCUGUGAUGAAACUGGCUCUCAUGAGGACCGCCACAGGAAAGGAAGACCCAGAGUUACCUCUGCUGCAGAGGAUAAGUUCAUUAGAGUUACCAGCCUCAGAAAUUGUAGCGCAAAUAAAUGCUUCACAGAGUUCAAGUAACAAACACAUCUCAACAUCAAAUGUUCAGAGUAUACUGCAUGAAUCAGGCCUUCAUGGUCAUAUUUCUGCAAAACAAAACACUACUAAAGGACACCAAUAAUAAGAAGAGACUUGUUUGGGUCAAGAAACAUGAGCAAUGGACAUUAGACCUGUGGAAAUCUGUCCUUUGGUCUCAUCAAUCUUAAUUUGAGAUUUUUGUUUCCAACCGCUGUGUCUUUCUGAGACACAGAGUAGGUGCACGGAUGAUCUCUGCAUGUGUGGUUCCCACCAUGAAGCAUGGAGGAGGAGGUGUGAUGGUGUGGGGGUGCUUUGAUGGUGUCACUGUCAGUGAUUUAUUUAGAAUUCAAGCCACACUUGUCUUUUUUAAUAUCGAGAAAUAUUUCACUUUCUUUGGACAAUGUCAUAGGAGUAACAACAUGAAUUGGUGCAUGAGGCAGAAAUAAUGAAGUGCUACUUGAGUUUCGCCAUCGGCUGGAAGGCUGUCUCCUUUUCUCAGCGGAGGGAGGGAGAGUGGAGGGAUGGUUGGUCAGGUGAGGCAGCCUACCUGCUGCUCCAUCCUACCCCUCAGACUGACCAUCAGUCCAGUAAAAAAGCUAAUUAUUAUGCUCCAUCGUCUGUGCCUUACAAGUAAUACAACAACUGAUCUAUUACUAGUGUGAUCAUAUACUAUUUUUUCAAUAUCAUUUCAAAAUGGUCUGAGAAGAACAACAUUGGCAGGGCAAAUUCAAGCAGAGCCAAUAUGCAGUGAUAAUGUAUUGGGCCUAUAGCCUACUGCACAAACCUCAUUGCUGCAUAACUUUUUAAAAUUGGUUAAUGUUGAUCUCGGCUUGCAUUUUGACUCGGAAAGUGAUCUUGACUCAGAAAAGGUUGGUGACCACUGUUGUAAGUGAAAGUGUGGUUUGUUCCAUAUCACUUGAGGUUCAAAAAGGCUAUGAAUGAAGGAUUCGCUAAUGUUAUUUUUUUUACAUCUGGGGACCGAACACCACUUUUCUACAUACUGUACACAAAUGGAAUUACUGUAACACGUAGUCACUAUUUAAACACAAGGAAAUAAACUACAGCUUUCACA